AGACAGGGAAGCUGAGGUGUGUGGGCCAGGCAGGAGCGGUGGCUGGGCGGGCAGAGGGUCAGAGAGCCUGGGGCAAGUUGGGGAGCAGGAGGACAGGGCAGGAGGGGCCAGAAGCCCACCGGGACGGGCGGUGGCUCGCGGCAGCCCGGCCGGGCGUUUCUCCUCUGCUCCGGGGCUGGCCGGCCCCCACAUGGCCUCCAAGCUGCCCGCCGGGAAGGGCCGGGGGGAGAAGCGGAAGCGGGUGGUGCUGACCCUGAAGGAGAAGAUUGACAUCUGUGCGCGCCUGGAGAAGGGCGAGAGCCGCAAGGCGCUGAUGCAGGAGUACAACGUGGGCAUGUCCACCCUCUAUGACAUCAAGGCCCACAAGGCCCAGCUGCUGCGCUUCUUCGCCAACUCCGACUCCAACCAGGCACUGGAGCACCGGCGCACGCUGCACACGCCGAAGCUGGAGCACCUGGACCGUGUGCUGUAUGAGUGGUUCCUGGUGAAGCGUGCCGAGGGCGUGCCCGUCUCGGGCCCCAUGCUCAUCGAGAAGGCCAAGGACUUCUACGAGCAGAUGCAGCUCACCGAGCCCUGCGUCUUCUCCGGCGGCUGGCUCUGGCGCUUCAAGGCCCGGCACGGCAUCAAGAAGCUGGACGCGUCCGGCGAGAAGCAGGUGGCCGACCGCCAGGCCGCCGAGCAGUUCUGCGGGUUCUUCCGAAGCCUGGUGGCCGAGCACGGGCUCUCCCCCGAGCAGCUGUACAAUGCAGACGAGACGGGGCUUUUCUGGCACUGCCUGCCCCACCCCAUGCCAGAGGGGGGCCCCGGACCCGGCCUCAAGCAGAGCAAGGACAGACUGACCGUCCUCAUGUGUGCCAACGCCGCGGGCUCCCACAAGGUCAAGCCCCUGGUGGUUGGCAAGUGCAGCGGCCCCCGGGCGCUCAAGGGCAUCCAGCAUCUGCCCAUCGCCUACCAGGCGCAGGGCCAUGCCUGGGUGGACAAGGAGAUCCUCUCCGACUGGUUCCACCACAUCUUCGUGCCCUCCGUGAGGGAGCACUUCCGGACGGUGGGCUUGCCCGAGGAUGGCAAAGCCAUCCUGCUGCUGGACAGCGCGCGGGCACACCCGCCCGGGGCCACGCUGGCCUCCGACAACAUCUUCAGCAUUUUCCUGCCCGCCGGCGUGUCCUCGCUGAUCCAGCCCAUGGACCAGGGCGUCCGGCGGGCCUUCAUGAGGAGCUUCAUCAACCCCCCUGUCACCCUGCGGGACUUCCACACCUGCCACAGCAUCCACGACGCUGUCUUCAAUGUGGCCUGUGCCUGGGGCGCCGUCCCGAGCGCGGUGCUGCGGCGUGCGUGGAGGAAGCUGUGGCCUGCCGCCGUGUUUGCCACCGGCUCCUCGGAGAAGGAGGGAGCCGAGCGCUCGCAGACCCAGCUGCAGAGCAAGACUCUGGCCCACAUUAUCGAGCUUGUGAAGGACAGCCCGGCCCGCACGAGCAGCAGGCUCCAGAAGAGUGAGGGCGGAGAACGGGCGGAAGCUGGGAAGGAGGUUGAGCACAGCGUUGCCGCUGCAGAGCCGGCCCAGGUGGUCUGUGAUUCGGGAAAGGCCAAGGGAGCUGGCGCAGAAGGCGGGAGCAGGGGCAUCUGGGAGAAGGCUGCCGCCUCCUUCAACGUCAUCCUUGACUUUGCAGAGAGACAGCCCUGCUUCACCCCCCAGGAGCUGGGCCAGCUGCACGUGCUCCAUGCAGCCUUUGCGAGGCGGAGGCAGGCGAGGGGGAAGCACAGCGCUCUCGGGGCUGCAGUCAAGACGGAAGUGCCCCAGGAAUGCUCUGGGGUGUGCACGGCCUCCGCGUGCACCCCUCUGCCGUCCACGUCUGUGGCAGCGCACAGCGACAGCUGA